AUGGGCAACGCGGCCGGGGGCAUGGAGGGGGGGGCUGCGGGCAGGGAGAGCCGAGACCCCCGCCCGCCCCAGGCCCCCCCCCGGGCCGCCCCGCCCGCCCGGCAGCCGAUGCCCGCGGCUGCGGAACUGGAGGAGCGAUUCGGGAGGGCCCUGAACACCAUGAACCUGCCCCCUGACAAGAUGAAACUGCUCAACCAGUACGACAACGAGAAGAAGUGGGAGCUCGUCUGUGACCAGGAACGUUUCCAGGUGAAAAACCCCCCGGGUGCCUACAUCCAGAAGCUGAGGAGCUACCUGGACUCAGGGGCUGUGAGCAGGAAGUUCAAGAGGCGAGCGCAGGAGUCGACGCAGGUGCUGCGGGAGCUGGAGAUUUCCCUGAGGACAAACUACAUCGGAUGGGUCCAGGAGUUCCUCAAUGAGGAGAACCAGGGCCUGGAUGUGCUGCUGGAAUAUCUCUCCUUCGCCCAGUGCUCCGUCGCGUACGACAUGGAGAGCACAGAGAACGGCAGCCCGGGCUCUGACAAGGGCAAGGGGACGGAGCGCUCUCUGGAGGACCUGAACAAAAGCAGCUCCUCACCCCCUCCCCAGGGCCCCCCCAAAGCACGGCACCUCACUGUCAGGCUGAACCCCUCGCACAGGAAGGCCCUGAGGAGCUCCCGCCUUGCCAGCCACAAGGACGAUGUCCACCUCUGCAUCCUCUGUCUCCGCGCCAUCAUGAACUACCAGUCUGGCUUCAGCCUGGUGAUGAAUCACCCAGCUUGUGUCAACGAGAUCACCCUGAGCCUCAACAACAAGAACGCCAGGACCAAGGCACUGGUGCUGGAGCUGCUGGCUGCUGUCUGCCUGGUCCGAGGUGGCCACGACAUCAUCCUGGCUGCCUUUGACAACUUCAAGGAGGUCUGCGGGGAGAGGAACCGCUUCGAGAAGCUGAUGGAAUAUUUCAGGAACGAGGACACCAACAUCGACUUCAUGGUGGCCUGCAUGCAGUUCAUCAACAUCGUGGUGCACUCGGUGGAGAACAUGAACUUCCGCGUCUUCCUGCAGUACGAGUUCACCCACCUGGGGCUGGACCAGUACCUGGAGAGCCUCCGCCUGACGGAGAGCGAGAAGCUGCAGGUGCAGAUCCAAGCCUACCUGGACAACGUCUUCGACGUGGGGGCCAUGCUGGAGGACUCAGAGACGAAGACGGCGGUGCUGGAGCACAUGGAGGAGCUGCAGGAAAACGUCACCCAGCUGACGGAGAAGCUGCAGGAUGUGGAGAACGACUCCAUGGCCAAGAUUGCAGAGCUGGAGAAGCAGCUGAGCCAGGCCCGGCGGGAGCUGGAGGCUCUGCGGGAGCAGCUGAGCCCCCCCCGGCCCCCCAGCCCCCCGGCCCCCCAGCCCCAGGAGAGCUACCGGCGGGCGCUGGAGCGGCGCUUGGCCGAGCUGGAGGAGCAGGGUUUGGUGCAGAUCCUGCGGGGGCCCGACGGAGACGUCGCCAUCCAAAUCGUCCCCGUUGCCAUAGAAACCAGCAGCCCCCGUGGUUACUGGAGAGGCCACCACUGCCACCACCACUGCCACCACCACUGCCACCACCACAGACACCGGCACAGAUGCCGCAGCUCCAGCUCCAGCCCCAUCUCCCCCCCAGCACCCCCUGCCCCUCCACCCCCCCCUCCACUCCCAGGGGCUGAGCUGGGCCCCGUGGUGCCCCCCGCACCCCCCCUGCCCUUGGGGGGAUGCCCUACCCCUGGCAUCCCCCCAGCACCUCCACUCCCGGGUGCCCAAGUACCACCACCCCCACCUCCACUCCCAGGGGGGCUGGAGGGCCCCAUUCCCGCCCCUCCACCACCCCCUCCCCUCGGUGGGCAGCUCCCAGCUGGGUCUGGUGCCCCCCCUGCCACUGGUGGUUCAGUGAAGGUGAAGAAGCCCAUCCAGACCAAGUUCCGCAUGCCCGUCUUCAACUGGGUGGCUCUGAAGCCCAACCAGAUCGAUGGCACCGUCUUCACCGAGCUCAACGACGAGAAGGUGCUGCAGGAGCUGGACAUGAGUGACUUUGAGGAGCAGUUCAAGACCAAGGCUCAGGGCCCUGGCUUGGACAUCAGUGCCCUCAAGGUUAAGGCCACGCAGAAGGCUCCCAGCAAGGUCACCCUCAUGGAGUCCAACCGGGCCAAGAACUUGGCCAUCACCCUGCGCAAGGGCGGGCGCAGCAUCCAGGAGAUCUGCACGGCCAUCGAGACGUACGACCAGCAAGCCCUGAGCCUCGACUUCCUGGAGCUGCUGCUGCGGUUCCUGCCCACCGAGUACGAGCGGACGCUGAUCGGGAAGUUCGAGCGGGAGCAGCGGCCGCUGGAGGAGCUGUCGGAGGAGGAUCAGUUCCUGAUCCACUUCAGCAAAAUCCCCCGCCUGGCCGAGCGCAUGAACGUCAUGAUCUUCCUGGGCAACUUCAGCGACACGGCCCAGCUGCUGAUGCCCCAACUCCACGCCAUCAUCGCCGCCUCCAUCUCCCUCAAGUCCUCCAACAAACUCCGCAACAUCCUCGAGAUUGUCCUGGCCUUCGGGAACUACAUGAACAGCAGCAAGCGGGGGGCAGCCUACGGGUUCCGGCUGCAGAGCCUCGACGCGCUCCUGGAGAUGAAGUCCACAGACCGCAAGCAGACGCUGCUGCACUACCUGGUGCGGGUGAUCACGGAGAAGUACCCGGAGCUGACCGGGUUCCACACCGAGCUGCACUUCCUCGACAAGGCGGGCACAGUCUCCCUGGACAGCGUGCUGCAGGACGUGCGGAGCCUGCAGCAGGGCAUGGAGCUGACCCGCAAGGAGUUCAUGCGGCAGGACGACAGCCCUGUGCUCAAGGACUUCCUCAAGGUCAACUCCGAGGUGAUGGAGAAGCUGCAGGCUGACAGCAAAACCGCCAAGGAAGCCUACGAGUCAGCUGUGGAGUACUUUGGGGAGAACCCCAAGAACAGCCCCCCCACCACCUUCUUCCCCAUGUUCAUGCGCUUCAUCAGAGCCUACAAGAAAGCAGAGCAGGACAUCGAGCUGUGGAAGAAACAAGAGGCCGUGGCCAAAGAGGCAGAAUCCAUCCCCCCUGGCAGCGAGGACCACCCCGAGGUGAAGCUGCCCAUCCAGAAAGCCAAGAGGCAGCAGAUGGACAUGAUUGCUGAGCUGAAGAAGAAGCAGAUGGUGAAGGAGCCACUCAUCUAUGAAGGGAAGGACGGGGCCAUCGAGGAUAUUAUUUCAGCUCUCAAAACCGUUCCUUUCACGGCCCGGACGGGCAAGCGCUCGUCCCGGCUCUUCUGCGACGUGAGCUUCCCCGAGCAGAGUCCUCUGUAGGUAACGGGGGUGCCGGGCCGGGGGCUGCCGGGCUCUGCCACCCUCCCGGCUUUUGCUCCCCAGCGCCUCCGGCUGCGUGGCCGCUGGGCCGGACUCUGCCCCACGCCAAAAACCAACCCGGGGGAGCCGGCACCGGCACCAGCCCCAGGGCACCCGAGGAGCCGCAGGAUGGGAUCCCCCGUGCCGGUUGUUGGGUGCUCCCUCUGCUCCCCCCCCCCCAGCACCCCAGGGGACACGGCGGGGUGCGGUGGGUGCCGGGUCCCGGGGCGGGCAGGCUCAGCACCUUCUCCCGGUGCAGAUCUGCGGAACAAUCCUUACCGGCGGGCGGAGAAGGGCCGCGGCAGCGCCAAGAGGCGGGCGGCGGGGCAGAGCCUGCAGAGCACGCCGGACAUCUCGCUGUGAGUGCCGGGCCCGGGGCAGCGCGGUCCUCCCGGCGCAGAUGGGACCAGAGGACAUCGACCCACCGGCCCGGGACAGCCUGGGGCAGGGGCACGGUGCCCGCUCCCGGCUGCUCCGGAUGCUCGGCUUCCCAGCACCCACCCUGCUGGGGACCCCCCGGCUCUGGCUUAGCGAUGCCCCUGAGCUCCCCUCCCCCCCGGCAGGGCUGGGAGACCCUCCCGGGUAUGAGCAGGGAUGGGGAAGCACGGAACAGGCACCAGCUUGUCCUGGGAGGAAAAGAGGGCCUGCCCCAUCCCUUCCCCGGAGCUGCUCCAUCGCCCGCCCCUCGGGGGUCAGCCCUGCACACCGCCUGUCCCCGCUCUCCAGCUUGCUGGUGCCUUGGAUUUCCCGUGGCAGGACAGGGGGCUGUGAGCCAGGGACCACCGGGCCCUGCACCCGCAGAGCCCUCCCGGCCCCACGUCCUCCCCCAGCGAGGGACC